AUGAGAGCUGUUGUUCUUGCCUUGACUCUGGCCCUUGUGGCAAGUCAGCAGAUUAACCUCGUUCCAGAGUUUGCUCCCGGUAAGACCUUUGUGUACAAGUAUGACGGUCGGGUCUUGGGCGGUCUGCCUCAGGAGGGUCUGGCCAAGGCUGGUGUAAAAAUCAGCAGCAAAGUUCUCAUCAGUUCUACGUCUCAGAAUACCUUCCUCCUGAAGCUCUUGGAACCCCAACUCUUUGAGUACGCUGGUGUCUGGCCCCAGGAUUCUUUCAUUCCUGCCACUAAACUUACCUCAGCAUUGAAGACUCAGCUUGUGACUCCCAUCAAAUUCGAAUACUCUAAUGGUGUGGUUGGUAAAGUAUUUGCCCCUGCUAGAGUUUCCUCUACUGUUCUGAACCUGCACAGAGGCAUCCUCAACAUCUUUCAGCUCAACCUGAAGCAGACCCAGAAUGUCUAUGAGCUGCAUGAGGAUGGAACUCAGGGUGUCUGCAAAACCCAUUAUAUGAUCAGGGAACAAUUCAAACCCCAUCAAAUUGCUGUGACAAAGUCCAAAGAUUUGACCGAUUGCCAUGAAAGGGUCAUCAAGGACAUCGGUUUGGCUUAUACUGAGAAGUGUGUUGAAUGCCAACAGAGACUUAAGAGUCUAACUGGAACUGCAACCUACAAGUACAUCAUGAAGCCCAUUGAUGAUCAUGCUCUGGUCUCUGAGGCUACAGUUGAAGAGGUCCAUGAAUUCUCAGCAUUCAAUACAUUCAAUGGAGCAGCCCAAAUGAGAGCCAACCAAACUUUGAGGUUGCUGGAGGUGCAGAACAAGCCCACUGCUCCUAGCAAUGAUCAGUACUCAGCCCGUGGAUCCCUACGUUAUGAGUUUGGCUCUGAGAUUCUUCAAACCCCCAUUCAGCUUCUGAAGAUCAGCAAUGCACAGGCCCAGAUUGUGGAGGUAUUGCAGCAUCUGGUUGAACACAAUGUAGCUAAGGUCCAUGAGGAUGCUCCUCUGAAGUAUGUUCAGCUUGUGCAGCUCAUGCGUUUUGCAACCUUGGAGAAUAUUGAAGCCAUUUGGGCUCAGUACAAGGCCAAACCUGCUCGCAGACGAUGGAUUCUGGAUGCGCUGGCUUUUAUGGGUACACCAGUGGCUUUGAAGUUCAUCAAUGAGAAGUUCCAAGAUGAUGAGCUUACCAAGCCAGAACUCAUCCAAGCCCUUCCGGUCACUUUGCACAUGGUCACUGCUAAUCCCGACACUAUCCGUAUGACUGCUCGCCAGGCAUUGAACCCAAAACUCAAGUCAAUUCCAUUGCUGCGUGAGAUGGUCAUGCUGGGCUAUGGUUCCAUGAUAGCCAGAUACUGUGCUGGAGUUCCUUCCUGUCCUGCUGAUCUUAUGAAGCCUAUCCAUGACAUUGUUGCUGGGGCUAUUUCCAGAGCUGAUAUUCGUGAAAUCACCCUGGCACUGAAGGUUCUUGGCAAUGCAGGCCACCCUUCUAGCCUUAAACCCAUCAUGAAACUCCUCCCUGGAUUUGGAACCGCAGCUGCAAAUGUUCCCAUGAGAGUCCAAGUUGAUGCCGUCUUGGCCCUUAGGAGAAUUGCCAAGAGAGAACCAAACAUGGUUCAGUCAGUGGCACUGCAACUCUUUAUGGAUAAAACUCUUCAUCCUGAACUGCGCAUGGUUGCCUGCAUUUUGCUCUUUGAGACCAAGCCUUCAGUGGCUCUUAUGUCCACUCUUGCUGGUGCUUUGGAGAAGGAGCCCAGCAUGCAAGUGACCAGCUUUACAUACUCUCACAUCAAGUCUCUGACCAGAAGCAUGGCCCCCGAUUUCAUCAAUGUGGCUGCAGCAGCUAAUGUUGCCAUCAGAAUCUUGAAUCCCAAACUCAAUAGACUGAGCUUCCGUUUCAGCAGAGCCUUCCGCUAUGACCUUUAUUUGUCUCCUUUUCUGGUUGGUGCUGCUGGUAGUGCUUUCAUCAUCAAUGAUGGUGCCCACAUCUUGCCUAGAGCCAUUGUGGCAAAAGCACGUGCCUACCUGGCUGGAGCUGCAUCUGAUGUUCUUGAGGUUGGUGUGAGAACUGAGGGACUCCAGCAAGUGCUAAUGAAAAUUCAAGCUGGUGACGAGAAUGUUGAUUGGAUGACCAAGAUAAAGCGAAUCAUGAAGGCACUGAAGAACUGGAAGAGCUUGUUGCCAACAAAUCUGCCAUUGGCCUCCAUGUACAUGAAACUGUUUGGACAGGAAAUCGCUUUUGCCAAAAUUGACAAAGCCUUAAUUGAAAGUGUCAUUGAACAAGCAGCACAGGUUGCUACAGGGCCACGUGCACAAGAAAUUGUGAAGGAUAUUGUUAGUGCAAUGCAGACUGGGAUUGAUCGCCAAUAUUCCAAGUCUCUGCUGCCAGCUGAGGUGCGUCGCAUCCUCCCCACUGCUGUUGGUCUGCCGAUGGAGCUCAGUCAUUACGCUGCUGCUGUUGCUGUUGCAUCUAUCAAUAUUCAUACAACCAUCACACCUCCUCUACAUGAAGAGACCAUCACUCUUGAUCAGUUAUUGAAGACUAAUCUUCAGUUGCGUGCUGAAACCAGACCAAGUGUUGCAAUGCAGACAUUUACUCUAAUUGGAGUGAACACUGCCGUCAUUCAGGCUGCUGCAAUGGCCAAAGGAAAGCUCCAUAUAACUGUGCCAGGAAAACUGAUUGUAAGAGCUGACCUUCCGAAACGCAAUUUUAAGGUGGAGGUUUUGCCUGUUGCAGUUCCUGAUCAUGUUGCAACCAUUAGGUUUGAGACUGUGGCUGUGGCCAGGAACAUUGAGGACCUCCCAGCACAGAGGGUGGUAUCUCUGGCACCUCCAGUGCCCUCUGAUGCUCCGCCCAGUUGGAUCCCUGCUUUAAUUCAAAUGUCGAUGUGUGAUGUUGUCCCCUACAUUCGCAUGAAGGCAUGCCUAGACAUUUCCUCUCGCAAUGCAGGGUUUAUUGACAGCGAUCUUAUUUACUAUAUUGUUGGACAGCACACAGCUCGUAUUUCAGUGGCAAGAGUUGAUGGUCCUGCCCUUCAAAGACUGGAGCUUGAGGUACAACUUGGUCCUGAGGCAGCUGAAAAGCUCAGUAAAGGAAUCAGUCUUGUUGAAGCUGAAUACUCAGAAGAAACUGCCAUCCUGUUGAAGCUGAGGGACAUACUCAAGGCUGGAAUGAAGACCAUCCAGUCCAAUUCAAUGAGACCCUCUUCCUCAAUCAGCAGCAAUUCCAGCAGUUCCAGUAGUUCUAGUAAUUCCAGCAGUUCCAGCAGUUCCAGCAGUUCCAGCAGUUCCAGCAGUUCCAGUAGUUCAUCCAGUGCUCAGACAUCUGAUGCUACUUCUAUAAAUGAACCCUUCCAGAAAUUCCAUAAGGAUAAGUACUUGGCCUUACAGGGAGUGUCAGGUACCAGCAGCUCUAGCUUUGAGAGACAGGCUAAAUUCCUUGGAGAUGCUCUUCCACCUGCCAUUGCCAUCAUUGCUCGUGCUGUUAGAACUGACCGUGUACUGGGAUAUCAGCUUGCUGCUUACGUGGACAAGUCCACUUCAAGAGUACAGAUUGUGCUUUCCUCCAUUGUAAAAAAUUACCAAUGGAAGAUCUGUGCUGAUGGUGUUCUGCCAAGCAAGCAUAAAAUUGCUGCCAAGCUUGCAUGGGGUAAAGAUUGUCAGGAAUAUUCUGCAUGUGCCAAAGUUGAGACCGGUCUGCAGCAGUCAAAACUUGCUGCCCGUUUGAAGCUGAAGUGGGAUAGACUCCCAGAAGUCCUAAACAUUUUGACCAUCUACACCAAGAGGGCAUCAGAUUACAUUUUAAUGGUAGCUCCUUUGGUCGGAAUUUCUGCUGAGAAAGCCAAUAACAAGGGCAAAGAGAUUGCCUUAACUGUGGUUCUAUCAGAUCAGGACUCCCUGAACAUUAUUCUCAAGUGUCCAAAGAUGACGCUGUCAAGGAAAGAUGUGCCUCUUCUUAUUUCCUUGCCCAUUGGAAAUGAUCGAAGUGUUGCAGUAUAAGGAAUUUACAUAUUU